AUGACAAUUAGUUCAGUUGAAUUCUGUUUUAUUCUUAUUCUUAUUUUAUUAAUAUUUACUAUCAACAUCGCUCAUGUAUUAUAUGUAAUUAUAUGUAAAAGUGAUAAAACUAAUAAAUAUUUUCGUUUAAUACUUUUAAAUUUUUCUUUUUCAUCAUUAAUUAUUGUUAUUUGGCUUAUACCUUUCUUUUAUUUUCGUACUAUAUGGUCAUCGGAAUCGUUCAUUUGGCGUCUAUGGGCAUUUCUAUUUCAUAUUGUUGAUGCUGUUCAAAUCUAUUCUCUUGUUCUAUUCAUUACUCAUGCGAAUAUCAUCAAUACUUAUUUACAACGAUUAUGUAUUGCUCUUACGUGGUUUGCACCUUUUAUUACUUAUUCACCAAUUUUAUGGUUAUCAUCUUCGUCAAAUGAUAAAACCGAUCAUUUACCUUAUCAUACAUUGUCUACUGAUGUACCUUGGUGGAUAUUGCCGACGUUGUAUUCUGGCACAUAUCUUGUUCCAAUAUUUGUGUCAUUUUUACUCACUGGUACAACCGUUUGUUGGCCAUGGGUUUAUCAACAAUAUAAAAGACGAGAAGAAGCUGCUCAACGACAAGCAAAUGAACAUCGUGAAAAUAUGGCAGAAUUAACUAGUCUUGUUGAAACAGUUUUGAAUUUUGAAUUAGAUCAAUCGACCAUGAGUACACUUAAUGUAAGAGCUAUUGAAUUUUGUUUUGAUUUUCUUUUUCUCAAUUGUUGA